UGGCAGUAUCCGUCACUGAGAAAAACAUUGAACACCCUGAAUUUUUAGAUCUCCGGGAAAUUUCUUAGAAAUUAGUGAAAAACACAAAUAAAUCGUCAAAAUGCCUCGUAUUAUGAUAAAGGGUGGUGUGUGGAGAAACACAGAGGAUGAGAUUCUCAAGGCAGCUGUUAUGAAAUAUGGGAAAAAUCAAUGGUCCCGUAUUGCAUCGUUACUGCACAGAAAAUCUGCCAAGCAGUGCAAAGCUCGAUGGUACGAAUGGCUAGAUCCGAGCAUCAAGAAGACAGAGUGGUCCAGGGAAGAGGAUGAGAAGUUGCUACAUUUGGCAAAAUUAAUGCCAACCCAGUGGAGGACAAUUGCGCCGAUUAUUGGCAGAACAGCAGCACAGUGCUUAGAAAGAUAUGAAUAUCUCCUGGAUCAAGCUCAACGAAAGGAGGAUGGAGAUGAUACAGUUGAUGAUCCGAGAAAACUAAAACCCGGAGAGAUAGAUCCCAAUCCGGAAACUAAACCAGCACGACCAGAUCCUAAGGAUAUGGAUGAGGAUGAGCUGGAAAUGCUAUCUGAAGCCAGAGCUCGUCUGGCCAAUACACAGGGAAAAAAAGCGAAACGCAAAGCUCGGGAGAAGCAGCUGGAGGAAGCUCGGAGGCUGGCGGCUCUACAGAAGCGUCGGGAGUUGAGAGCUGCAGGCAUUGGAGGGGGCAAUAAUCGACGGCGACGCAAAGGAAUAGAUUACAAUGCAGAUAUACCUUUUGAGAAGCGUCCCAUGCCUGGAUUUUACGACACGUCGGAGGAAAAAGUGGCUCCUGUUGAAUUUGACUUCAACAAGAUGCGGCAGCAGCAUCUGGAUGGGGAGUUGAGGAUUGAGAAGGAAGAGAGAGAACGCAAGAAAGACAAGCAGAAAUUGAAGCAGCGCAAGGAAAAUGAUAUCCCAAUGGCCAUGCUGCUCAAUCAGGAGCCUGCCAAGAAGAGAUCAAAACUGGUGUUGCCUGAGCCACAGAUAUCGGAUCUGGAGCUGGAGCAGGUGGUGAAAUUGGGCAGAGCCAGUGAAUUGGCUAAGGAACUAGCGUCAGAUGGAGGAUCAGACACAACAGAAGCCCUCCUAACGGACUACAGCAUAACACCUUCGGUGUCAGCUACUCCCAGGACUCCAGCUCCAGCAGCCGAUAAGAUUAUGCAGGAAGCUCAAACCCUUAUGGCACUUACCCAUGUGGAUACGCCACUCAAAGGAGGUACCAAUACUCCUCUACAUGCAUCAGAUUUCUCUGGAGCACUGCCACAGAAUUCCACUGUAGCCACUCCCAAUACAGUCCUCGCAACACCCUUCAGAUCAUCCCGCUCCGAUGCUCCCAGUACUCCGGGCUUUCAAACACCAGGAUCUGCUCUAGUUCCCAUCGGUACGAAUGCCGUGACGCCGGCAUUUGUUAGGGAUAAACUCAAUAUAAAUGACGAGGAUGCCCUCAAUGUGGGCGAUACUCCAGCUGCAUUGAAAAAUUACCAGAAGCAGCUGAAGAUGAAGCUGCGUGAAGGCUUGUCAUCUCUUCCCACUCCCAAAAAUGAUUACGAAAUUGUGGUACCCGAUGAAGAUAUGACGGAGGAAGAGCCACAGCAGGCCAAUGAUCUCAUUGAGGAUCAGGCUGAUGUUGAUGCAAAGAUGAUGGCUGAUGCUAAAAGAGAGCGUGAGAAGGAAAUGGCAUUGAGAUCUCAAGUGGUUCAGCGUGAUUUACCUCGUCCUUUGGAUGUCAAUAUGUCAAUUCUACGUCCUCCAGCCGACAUGCAGGGCCUCAGUGACCUUCAGCGUGCUGAGGAAUUGAUCAAGCACGAAAUGGUGACAAUGUUGCACUAUGAUGCUCUCCGCGAUCCCAUUGCGACAUCUCAGCCCCAAGCGGCUCAGAUGCCCAAGAAACCAAAUGUAGCGGCACAGCAUGCGGCUUACUUGGAGCAGCAUCCUUACCAUGACUUCACGGAAGAUGAACUCCAAAUGGCACGGAAUAUGCUGCAGCAGGAGAUGGGUGUGGUGAAAAAUGGCAUGGCACAUGGUGAUUUGGCGCUAGAAAGUUAUACACAAGUGUGGGAAGAGUGCUUGAGUCAGGUGCUUUUCCUGCCCAGUCAGAAUCGAUACACUCGUGCCAGUUUGGCCAGCAAGAAAGACAGGCUUGAGUCAGCGGAAUAUAAAUUGGAGCAGAAUCGGAAACAUAUGGCCAAGGAGGCCAAUCGCUGUGGGAAGAUAGAGAAGAAGCUGAAGAUUCUCACGGGGGGCUAUCAGGCACGGGCACAGGCCCUCAUAAAACAACUGCAGGAUACAUUUCAGCAGAUUGAGCAAAACUACUUGGCACUAUCGACGUUCAAGUUCCUGGCUGACCAGGAAGACCAUGCGAUUCCGCGGCGUUUAGCCUCACUCACGGACGAUGUUGCGCGACAGACGGAACGAGAGAAGCUCCUUCAGGCACGCUAUGCUCAGCUUCAGGAAGAGCUGACUCAGUUACAAGCUGCUAUGUCACAAGGUGAAAUGGCUCCACGUGAAGAGAAUGUCGGCGAAGAUGUUGAAAUGGGGAGAGUAGAUGAAGAAACAGGGCAGUCACAAAGUGUCGAAGUGGAGGAGACGACAACUCAAUCGACAAAUGAAGAAAUACUUGAGAAUCAUUGCGCUAAUGGGAAUAGUGUGGAGGUUGAAAUGAACGAGAGUAACGGUACUGAGUGAGUCAUUUUCACGUUUCAAGAAAAUGAAUGAUUACUCCUUAAUAUCUAUUAAUUUACUGCAGGAAAAUUGAAAUACUAUGACGAAUGUAGAUGAUAAAUUAAAUAAACUAUGAAGUAUGAACACUAA